AUGUCCGGUCUCACCGCCCAACGACCCCCCACCCCCCUUUUCCCUCCGCUCACCCCCCUUUCCCCAAGUCCAACCUGGACGGAUCCAUACACACAGGGGCACGACGGCGUCCCAUUGGCUUGGCCUUGGACCGCCAUGCAGAUCAUGGGCAUUGGACAUAAUUACCUACUACCUUGCAAUUUGGCUCUCCGGUCGAUCAGAAUGCAGAUCCCCUUCCAUGCCACUCAGACCGCCCCACUCACUUUGCUUCCAGCCUCGACGGAGACUCUCAUCUCGUGCGUCGACAUGAAGAACGCCAGUGCCGUCAGCCCCACCGCUUCUCCGCCACUGACUCUGGGGGCUGCGGUUGCGGUUGCGAUGCUUAUUUCUGUGUGGUGUAACGGUGUUGGCGACUGCGGCCGCCAGCAAGGCUCUUCUUUCUUGGUAGCCGUCAAGUUCCAUAACUUCUUACUUACACGACCAUUCCCACCUGACCCCCUUUCAAUAUACUUCAUCCCAUCCGACGCAGCUUUGAUGGCUACCUCGUCUAAAGACACCGGGAGCCCUACUGGCGCCAACGAGGCUCCAUGGAACCGCCAACCCAACCCAGCCUCGCGUCCCCGCCGCCGUUCCAGCACAGCAGCUGUCUCGCAGGACCUGCCUGAGGAAGUGGGCUCAGCCCUGUCCAUGACCGAGUCCUCCCUCUCCUACUUCGGAGAUGAGUCGGACACGGAGCGCGAGAAAGGGGACACCACCCUGUCUUGGGCUCUCGAGGCCUAUCUCAAGUGCCCCGAACCACACGAACAGCGAGCCCUGGGCCUGUUCUCCUUGGGUGAAACGGACGCUAUAUCUACCGCGAACGAGAUCAUCUUGGAGCAUCCUCGAGUCCCACGAAGGGUCAUGACCGCCCCAGCUACGGGACACGACGCUCGUAGCCAACCCGGAGGAGGGGUUGGCCCUGACGGUUCUCCGGGUGCCGCAGGACACGGAGAGUGUACAACAGACCUCGCAUUCCUGCACUUCCUCGCCACGGACCGACCUAAUGAACGCCUCGCAUACCACCGCGAGAGAUGCGGUACUGUGAACCCGGAAGACCAUGCAUGCGCCUCAGCCAGCAACGUCUCGGCGUCGUCAUCUUCUCAGGAGUCUAUGGGCUUGGCGCCCGAUUCGAGCUUCGACAUGGAUGAGGCCGACUUGCCUAUCAAUGGGAGCCUUGCACAGCUCUGA